CGGCUUACCUUCCCCUCCCAACCCUGAUCGCGUCAAUCACAUCCCGUCGUCUCCCUCCGACCCACCUCCACCUCGCCUUCUUCACAUAAGCGCGAGAUACACGGAGAGGGAAGAGAGGAAGAGCGAUAGACUGGCCCGUUCUCGUCUUCGCCCAUGAUACGACCUCCUUCCUCACGCUCGCACAGACCACAAAUCCUGGAGCCAUAGAUCCCCAUUAUUCCCGUCGGGUUUCCGAGGCGACCAUGUUACCCAAAGGAUCCAACUUGCGUCUCCUUCUCCCUUCUCUAUGGGAGAUUGAGGUCGCCGCCGCGGCUGCGUUUCUCGUGAUCGCAUUGUAUUCCCUGGCGGAGAGAUUGUUCUCUGGUGGCCGUACUAGAAGGGAGAAUGAUCGGAACCCGCUGCUUUUGGCUGGCAGAGAAUCCCUGAUGCAGUUCGACGUUAAAAACAUGAUGAGCCAGAUCAAAGUCGACUCACAAGGUAUUUCUGCAUCUGUUGUCAAGGUGGAACUAUUGGCUGCGAAAAACCUAAUUGGUGCAAACUUGAAUGGUACAUCUGAUCCUUAUGCAAUUAUUAUUUGUGGCGAACAAAAGCGGUUUAGUUCUAUGGUUCCUGGCACAAGAAAUCCAAUAUGGGGGGAGGAAUUCAAUUUUUUUGUCGAUACACUUCCGGUUCAGAUUAAUGUAACCGUAUAUGACUGGGAUAUAAUAUGGAAAAGUACAAUUCUUGGAUCUGUCACUGUUCCAGUUGAAAUUGAAGCUCAGAAUGGAUCAACCUGGUACACACUAGAUAGCACAUCGGGUCAGGUCUGCCUUCGUAUUAAAAGUACAAAGCUUCCAGGAAGCUCCUCCAGAGCUUUGAAUGGCUAUGCUGGAGUGGAUGCUCGGAGAAGGUUUUCUCUGGAUAGACCAGGCCCUACCUUAGUCCAUCAGAAACCAGGGUCUCUUCAGACAAUUUUUGAUCUUCCACUGGACGAGGUUGUUGACCACAGCUAUUCCUGUGCUCUUGAAAGAUCCUUUUUAUACCAUGGACGCAUGUAUGUGUCUGCUUGGCACAUUUGCUUCCACUCCAAUGUAUUUUCUAAAGAAAUGAAGGUGGUUGUUUCCUUUGGAGAUAUUGAUGAGAUAAGGCGAAGCCAACAUGCAGUAAUAAAUCCUGCAAUUACAAUAAGUCUUCGGAUGGGUGCUGGUGGACAUGGUGUACCUCCUCUGGGAAGUCCAGAUGGCAGAGUCAAAUACAAGUUUGCAUCAUUUUGGAACAGAAAUCAUACUUUAAGAGCUUUGCAACGUGUAACCCAGAAUUUUUGUGCAACGAUAGAAGCUGAGAAGAAGGAAACUGCGCAGUCUGCAUUGCGUGCUCAUAGCAGCUCAGUUGAAGGUAGUAGGAGACAGAUUAAACUUUCAAAUGAGAGUUCAAUUGAAUGUGUAAAGAUACAAAAUUUUAUAAAUGAAGAUGUUCUAGUCAGCAUAGUCCAUGAAACUUUUCCCUGCACAGCAGAGGAAUUCUAUACUGUUUUAUUAAGUGAUGAUUCUAAAUUCACAGAGGAGUAUCGCUCAGCUCGGAAAGAUACUAAUCUGAAUGUAGGGCCAUGGCAUGUUUCAGAGGAAUAUGAUGGCCAAGUCAGAGAAAUUACCUUACGGUCAGUAUGUCAUAGUCCCAUGUGUCCUCCAGACACAGCCUUGACAGAGUGGCAGCAUGCUGUCCUUUCACCCAAUAAAGUAACAUUGGAAUUUGAAACUGUUCAGCAGGUGCAUGAUGUUCCAUUUGGUUCUUCUUUUGAGGUGCAUUGUAAGUGGUUAUUGAAAACAGCCUCCAACUCUUCUUGUAUGCUCGAUAUCCGAGUUGGUGCACAUUUCAAAAAGUGGUGCAUUAUGCAGUCUAAAAUCAAAAGUAGUGCUGUUGAUGAGUACAAGAAAGAAGCUUCUCUUAUGUUAGAAGUGGCGCGUGCAUAUCUCGCAAAGGUUCCUGGUUCGAGCUGAGUCGAAGACUCCACCCCAUUUUGCUCGCUCACAUCAUAUUCAUAUGAUGGGUUUAUCAAUUUGCAAAGAUUUUUCCUCACCCUCACCCUUUGAAGCAACCAAUGGUGGCAAUUGGUUGCUUCAAAAGGUGAGGGUGAAGCAACCAAGUAAAUGCAAGUACUUGCUCUUUUGUAAUUAUCAACUUUCGUUAUCAAGUAUAGAAAAAGGUUGCCCUGACUAAAUUAUUAUUUAAUGUGCGAUUUCAAGAAUCUAUUCUUGAUCUGUGGUUUGAAGAAACCUGUCCGAUGAAGUGUUUUAUGAAUUUGUUCACCGUAAAUAUAUGUUUGAUAGCACACUGAAAUUGAAUAGAAUGCUAAUGAGACUGAGAACAGAACAA